AUGGCCCCAAUAUAUAAUCAAUCAUUUUCCCCAAUUUCUACAAUUUCACAUGGUGAAUAUGGUAGUUCUGAUGAAUUUGAGGUAUAUAAUAGAGCGGAAAGUGAUUGUGAUGAGACAAUGGGACAAGAUUGUAAUGUAACAUAUAAUAUUGACCAAAUUCUUGAUUAUGUAUCAUAUUAUAUAGAUACACCUAGUAAUUCAAUAGGUAUCAAACAUAUAGAUGAAUGUAUAAGACGUUGUAGAAAUGUGGGAUUCCGCAGAUCAAGCAUAUUAAAUUAUUUAAUUCAAUCUGGUUAUAUUAUAUCUAGUAAUUAUACCACUCAUGAAGAUUCUAUUGAAGAUAGUUUAAGUUAUAUACAAUCUAUGUUACAAAAUAAAAGAUCUAUUCCAAAAUAUAAUGAAGAACUAGUAAUAGUAAUAUCAGCUGUUGCAAAAUUAUUUAUAUUGGAAAUUAUGACAAUAAUAAAUAAACAACUCAAACUUGAAGAUAUUAAAAAGAAUAAUGAUAAUAAUAAUAAUAAUAGUGAAUUAAUUAUAGUACCUGCCCAUAUUCAAAAUGCAUUUUCUGUUCAUAAAUUCAAGAUACCAAAAUUAUAA